CAGCCGAAUCGUUAUUUUCUUCGCUAAAGUAGCUGUAGUUUGUGCUCUUUACCAAAUUAUUUAAGAAACAAUGGAAAGACAACGAGUACGAGUACCUCGCGGGCGACGCACGCGUGGCGGUCAAGGUGGUGGAUUGGGAGUGCCUACGCGAGGUGGGGCUCAGAGUACCACGCCGCAGGGUCCGGGACCUCGCUCGCACAUAAAACGCAAAGUUCCUGGAAUGCUCACUAAGGUAACCAGUGGAUCACUGGAGAGCAUUAAACAGGUCCAAGCUAUGGAAACUCCGCUCUCCAAAAACACGAGGUCGAGGGACCGGUCGCCGGCAAAGAAACUACCUGAUGGAUUACAAUCUCUUUGGUCCUCCUUUGAAGAGAUCAGCCCCGUCUCCCCCGCCAAAUCAGAAUGCAGCAGCAGAAGCAGCCAGUCGACUCCACAGAGUACCCCUAAAAAGCGACCUUCGAAAAAUGACUCUACCAGAACUACCGGGAAGAGUCCAGCAACAAGGCGGCGCUUGAAGCUCGCCGGGCCUUCAUCUUCAGAUAAGAGGAAUAAUUCCAUGUCACACGAGGAAAAAGCCCACCUCACAAACUAUGGCAGCGACGAGGAGAGCAACAGCGAUAACGAAGAUGAAGAUCUAUUGGCCCAGCCAGUGCUGAUGCCCAGGACUGCCGAAUUUUUUGUAUUGGAGGUAGAGGAGGAGAUCGAGGUCUCAUCGACAAACGUCGAUUUAUGCUUUAAUUGGCCACCUCAUUGCAUUUUCCUGCAGCCUGAACCCAGCGCCGAAGGCGAGCUUGAACCCAGUGAAGAAAGCGAGCCCGAACCGAGCGCCAAAUGCGAGGCCGAAUCGAGCGCCGCGGCUGAGCCUAUUGAUAAGUUUGAUUUCAAGUGGAGAGAAUUUCCACAAACUCAAACUCCUCCCGAAUUGAGAAGGGAAGCAUUUGUUGAUAUGGGUUGUGGUCCCACAGUACGAUUAGCGAGCCCAUAUGAAGCGUUUACUGCAAUAUGGGAUCGUCAAAUAAUGGAGCAUAUAGCAGUAGAGACAAACAGAUACGCUCAGCAGGUAGCGACUGCCAUGAUUAAUAACGGGACACUUCGUCCAACCAGCCGUAUUACAAAAUGGCAGGACACGGACGUUGAUGAGCUCUACGUGUAUUUCGCAAUAAUCAUGGCGACAGGGAUUUUAGUGAAAACACGCACAGAAUCAUAUUGGAAUGAUGCUCAAUCUUUCCCUGGAUUUUCGGAUUUGUUAGUUACCCCUGGAUUUUCGGCAACAAUGUCUUUUACCCGUUUUCACCUGCUUUCGAAAUGUCUACACUUUAAUAAUAAUAAUAACUGCAAUCCAGACAUAAUGACGCGAUCGGAAGCGAAGCUUUUUAAGAUGCGACCGAUUUUUGACCAUCUUAACGAACGAUUUCCUCGGUUAUAUCAUUUAUCGCGAAACAUUGCUCUAGAUGAGAGUCUCACUAAAUGGAAGGGCCGUUUAGAUAUAAAACAAUUUAUCCCGAAUAAAACAGCUGGAGUCGGAAUUAAGACUUACGAGAUUUGUGAGUCCAAGACUGGCUACUUGUGGCGGUUCGAAGUACACGCGGGGCACGAACAACCUUCGCAAGAUAAUCCUUCGCCCGGGAUAGUGAAUACUCUCGUACUCAGACUUCUCGAUGGUCUCGAGCACAGGGGUCACACUGUAUGGAUGGACAACUAUUACAAUAGUCCUACGCUUGCGCGAGAGUUAAAGUCGCGGGGAUUGGACUGCGUCGGAACCCUCCGUUUGAACCGACAGUUCGUUCCAACUGAACUAGCUAAUUUGACCAAGAAGGAUUUGGGAGUCGGUCAAAUGCUGGGCUGCACUUCAGGCGAUGUAGACUUGAUGGUAUGGCGAGAUAAGAACAUUGUUCCUUUUAUCUCGACGUACCAUGGGUUUGCAGCCGCGAAGUCUGGCAGCGGUUUAAAGCCCUCAAUCGUACCCGAUUAUAAUGUAUGCAUGGGUGGCGUCGAUCGAAAGGAUCAAAUGCUCGCGAUGUAUCCUUUGGAACGGCGGCGAGGUCGAGUAUGGUACAAAAAGUUUUUUAGGCGUCUUCUGAAUGCCAGCAUCCUGAACGCGUACAUUCUUCUCCGCACACAGACGGCAAUUACCCACCGCAGUUUCCGUGAAACUCUGGUGCGGGAAUUAAUUGCUAAACACUUGCCAUCUCGACCCGCAGCUGCUCCGACGUCGAUGUUACAUUCUUCAAUACAUUGUCCGGGUCAGUAUGACUUUGUGGCGGGAAAAUGUCACGAACGCCCGAGGCGAUGUUGCGUUGUAUGCAAAAAGCGAACAUCUACAUACUGUAAGUCGUGCAACGUUCCGCUGUGCGUAUUCACCUGCUUUGAGCCACAUCACACUCGAAAGCGCAGAAUAUAAUAUUAUAU